AUGAAAGGAAAACUCGAGAAACAAAUUACGAAUAGGAACGAACAACAAGGUUUUAGACGAAAUCAAUCAAAUACAGACGCCAUAUUUAUCAUUAAACAAAUUAAAGAAAAAGCAAUAGAGUUUAAUACACCAGCCUAUAUAUGUUUCAACGACUUGACUCAAGCAUUCGAUAGAGUACGCCUAUCUGACAUUAUAAUAUACAUACCAACACCAGGAGGCAUUAGACAAGGAGACAGCCUUAGUCCCUUCUUAUUUAAUCUCUUAAUGGACAUCAUGAUAGAAAAGGUGACAUCGAUGAAUAACGGUAAUCGAAUGGGACACAACAGAGUUAGCAUGGUGUGUUACGCUGAUGAUGCAGCCAAUAUCGGAGACAGAGGACAAUAUGCAGAUACAGCUUCAUAA